UAAUAUGAUUUCUGUUGUUCUGUGGUGCUCCGUACCGAAGCGUUUAGUGUUGUGUACAAUACUUGCAAUAUUUUAAUAAUUACAUAAAAUUGUCAAUUGACCAAUUAAAACGAAAAAAGUUUACAUGAAACUAAUGCUCAUAGUAUAAGGAAUUAAAAAGAAUGCUGUAAAUGAUCAAAGGUCUUGUUAAGCAAAAUGGCACAAAGGUUUCCAGCUGGGGGGCCAAGCGCGGCGCCAUCGAGCCCCAUGCCUCAGCAACGUUACCCAGGACCUGCUCAGCCACAGCCUCCUUCCGCUAUGCCUCCCAGACCAUAUACGCAACCUAACUUCCCACAGCGAAGCGGUUUUACUCCACCGCCAGCAGGAGCAGGCCCGGUAGGCGGCGGUAACGUCAGAGUAGCGUACGCCGGGGCAGGAGCUGCAGCUGCCCCACCUCCUGCACCGUACGGUGGCGCUCCUCCGCGACCCGCCGCUCCGCCCGCCCCUACCAAGCGACCGCCCGAUGCCCGCCCGCCCUUGCCGCCGCAGCAACGUCCACAGCAUUAUGCAGGUGACGGUUACGGAGCCGGAGGUAAACGCAAAAAACGAUUGGCGGACAAGAUACUGCCGCAAAAAGUGCGCGACCUAGUACCAGAGUCUCAAGCCUACAUGGAUCUGCUGACUUUUGAGCGCAAGUUGGAUGCAACUAUUAUGCGCAAGCGCCUUGACAUUCAGGAGGCUCUCAAACGCCCCAUGAAACAAAAACGCAAGCUGCGUAUUUUCAUUUCGAAUACAUUCUAUCCAGGUCAGGGCGAGAACGCGGUGGCCUCGUGGGAGCUCCGCGUGGAAGGCCGACUGCUCGACGACUCUAAAGGUGAUCCUAACAAAGUGAAGCGCAAGUUCUCAUCCUUUUUUAAGUCGCUCGUUAUCGAGCUGGACAAAGAGCUGUACGGGCCCGACAAUCACUUGGUAGAGUGGCACCGUACGCUCAGCACCCAGGAGACGGACGGCUUCCAGGUGAAACGGCCCGGCUACAAGAACGUGCGCUGCACUAUUUUGCUGCUGCUAGACUACCAGCCGCUGCAGUUCAAGCUGGACGGGCGGCUGGCACGACUACUGGGCGUGCACACGCAGGCGAGGCCCGUCAUCGUUAACGCCUUGUGGCAGUACGUGCACACGCACCGCUUGCAGGACCCGCGUGAGCGCGAGUACGUGCUCUGCGACAAGUAUCUUGAGCAGAUCUUCGGCUGCCCGCGCCUCAAACUGGCCGAGAUCCCGGCACGCCUGGCUCCCCUCCUUCACGCGCCCGACCCUAUCGUCAUCAACCACCUCAUCUCGGUGGAGCCGCCGCACGACGCCAAGCAGACCGCCUGCUACGACAUCGACGUCGAGGUCGACGACACGCUCAAGGCGCAGAUGAACGCCUUCCUGCUCUCCACCGCCAACCAGCACGAGAUCCAGGGGCUCGACGCCAAGAUCCACGAGACGGUCGACACGAUCAACCAGCUCAAGACCAACCGCGAGUUCUUCCUCAGUUUCGGCAAGGACCCUCAGCAGUUCACGCAGAAGUGGCUGUUGAGUCAGGCGCGAGAUCUGAAGACGCUGAGCGGCGGUGGCGGGGGCAACCCUGAAGAGGAGAGAAGGGCCGCGUUCUACGCGCAGCCUUGGAGCGGCGAAGGGGCCGCGCGCUACUUGCAUCAUCGCCUCGCAGCACGUCGCAAGGACCUAGAUGCCGCCUUGCACCCUGUGCAUCCCAUGCACCCGGCCCAUCUCACCCGCCUCUGAGUGACGCGACUUAUCUUAUAAAUCAUAUAAAUGUCGAAACUUUGUAUUAAAAAAAUAAACAUUUUAUAAGUAUCGAUUACUUACCCUGUU